AUGAUUGAGGGAAUGGUGAAGGAUGGUGUUAUUGAACCUUCAUCUAGUCCAUGGUGUUCACCUGUGGUGCUGGUAAAGAAGAAGGACGGCAGCAUGCAGUUUUGUGUUGCCUACCGCCGCCUGAACGACGUUACGAAGAAGGACAGUUAUCCCUUGCCAAGAAUUGAUGACACGCUGGACAUGCUCACAGGCGUAAAUUGGUUUAGUACGCUGGACCUGAAAAGUGGCUACUGGUAG